GUCUUCUUUUCCUGCUGAUUGGUGGGAGCUGCAGCCGGCGCUUUCGGUUGCGCGGAAAAGAGAGUGUUUGUGCGGGAACCGCGUGUCGGGGCAUCCAGCGGCUCCUCCCGGUCACAGGAAGAGGCGGAGUUUUCAGGCCAUUUGCUUGGCCUGGCGUGUCCCGCCGCCCGGGACUCGCUCUCGUCCUGUCUGCCUGUCCCCGCCUCUCUGUUUUUAUCUGGCCCUCAAACUUGGAUUCACAGGGGGAACUUUAAAACCCACCCAUGUCUGCGUCUCCUGCCAGAACGCUGGUUUCACUACUGUGACAUGGCCCAGGGUUGCAUUCUUAAAAAGUGUAAUGGGCAGUGACCUUUGAGAGCCACGGCUUCACUCAGUCCUCUACAAUAGUUCCUUUAGUCUUUCUGCUCGGUCCUUCGGAUCCGCCUUUCUCUCCCGAGGCUAUUAAUAGCUCCAGGCCCCUUCCACUUAAGGCCGCCCCUGUCUCACCUGAUUACGACAAAGUGGUGGGAAGGAUAGCUGUUACAAUAUGAUGCAGUGCAUUGCUGCUGGGCAUCAGAUUGUUGCUUUAGCAAAUCUGAGACCAGCUGAAAACCAAGUGGGGGCAGAUGAACUGGAUAGCUACAUGUAUCAGACAGUGGGUCAUCACGCUAUUGAUUUAUAUGCAGAAGCAAUGGCUCUUCCCCUCUACCGCCGCACCAUAAGAGGAAGGAGUGUGGAUACAGGACGAGUAUAUACCAAAUGCGAAGGUGAUGAGGUCGAAGAUCUCUAUGAGCUUUUGAAACUUGUUAAGGAAAAAGAAGAAGUAGAGGGGAUAUCAGUAGGUGCUAUACUUUCUGACUAUCAGCGUGUUCGAGUAGAAAAUGUGUGUAAAAGGCUUAAUCUCCAGCCUUUAGCUUACCUUUGGCAGAGAAACCAGGAAGAUUUGCUCCGAGAGAUGAUAUCGUCUAACAUUCAAGCAAUCAUCAUUAAAGUAGCAGCUUUGGGUUUAGAUCCAGAUAAGCAUCUUGGAAAAACCCUGGAUCAAAUGGAACCUUAUCUCUUAGAGCUUUCUAAGAAGUAUGGAGUCCAUGUUUGUGGAGAAGGAGGAGAGUAUGAAACAUUCACUUUGGAUUGCCCUCUAUUUAAGAAGAAAAUAAUUGUGGAUUCAUCAGAAGUGGUCACACAUUCAGCUGAUGCAUUUGCACCUGUUGCUUAUCUACGCUUUUUGGAAUUGCAUUUGGAGGACAAGGUGUCCACGGUGCCUGACAACUACAGAACAUCUAAUUAUAUACAUAAUUCUUGAAGAACAUUUUGAACAUUGUUUACUAAGCUGCCAUUUCUAUAUGAAAAAAACUACACAACAUUUUCUCAACUAUUAUAUCCAGCUCAUUCUCUGCAUUUUUUAUUAGAAAUAUAUAUCUUUAUCAGAAGAAGUUAGUAGGAACAUUGAUUAAUUGGAGAAAUGUGAAAGCCUCAUUCAUUAUUAUUGGUGACUUCCUCAGGAUUCACUUUCUCUGACUUUAGUUACCAUGUCCUAUCCAUGACCUGUACAUAGUAUGUGGUCUUUUUUCCCCUUUUACUUCAUCCCCAACUCUCAUUUCUGUAACAUUUAUCUUUUUUCAUCCCAUUGUUUUAUUUUUCUCCUUUUCUCUUUCCUGCUCUCAUUUCUGCCAGUUGUCUAAUGAUGCAGAGCAUUUGAAAAUCAUUGAAAAGGCAGUUUACUUAGCCAAUCAAGUUUAUUCUACUGGAUAUUACUGGCAUGACUUGUCAUUUUUUUUUUCGAUAUAGUAUUCAUUUUAUCAACAGUAUUGGACAGUCAGGAAGAAUAUCAUUAGAUCUGAGUAUUUUAUAACAAUGAAUAAUGCAAUUUUUA